UCUUGUUGAGGGCGGCGCAGCCCCGAGCGAGCCUGCGAGAGGGAUCAGCCUGGGCGCUGGUGCUGCUGCUGCUGCUGGUGGUGCUGCGGCCGUGAGGAGACGCCGAGGCCGGGCCAGACAGAAAAAAGAUCUUACAGAUGGCAGAUAACAGUAAAGCAGAAGAUGCUGCCUCAGAUUCUGUGGAAGCUGCUAAAGGUACAGGUGACAAAAAAGAAAAGUUAGCAGACCAGGUAAUGCAGAAUCCACAAGUUUUGGCAGCUUUGCAGGAACGGCUUGAUAAUGCACCUCACACUCCUUCCAGUUAUAUUGAAACCUUACCAAAAGCAGUCAAAAGAAGAAUUGAUGCCUUGAAACAACUUCAGGUGAAAUGUGCCCAUAUAGAAGCUAAAUUUUAUGAAGAAGUUCAUGAUCUAGAGAGAAAAUACGCUGCUCUCUACCAGCCCCUCUUUGAUAAGAGAAGGGAUUUUAUCACUGGCUGUGUCGAACCUACAGAUGCAGAGGCAGAAUGGCACAGUGAAAACGAGGAAGAAGAGAAGUUAGCUGGAGACCUGAAAAAUAAAGUAGUAAUAGAAGAAAAAGAAGCAGGAGCAGCUGAAGAGUCAAAUCCCAAAGGAAUCCCAGAUUUUUGGUUCACAAUAUUUAGAAAUGUAGAUAUGCUGAGUGAAUUAGUACAGGAAUAUGAUGAGCCAAUUUUGAAACACCUGCAAGAUAUCAAAGUGAAAUUUUCUGAGCCAGGACAGCCAAUGUCUUUCACACUAGAGUUCUACUUUGAUCCCAAUGACUACUUUACUAAUUCAGUCUUGACAAAAACCUACAAGAUGAAGUCAGAACCAGAUAAAUCGGAUCCUUUUUCAUUUGAAGGCCCUGAAAUUGUUGACUGCGAGGGAUGUACUAUUGACUGGAAGAAAGGAAAAAAUGUGACAGUUAAAAUAAUAAAGAAGAAACAGAAACACAAGGGACGAGGCACAGUCAGAACAAUUACUAAACAAGUACCCAACGACUCCUUUUUUAAUUUCUUCAGUCCAAUAAAAGUUUCAGGAGAUGGAGAAUCACUGGAUGAAGAUUCAGAGUGUACGUUAGCUAUAGACUUUGAAGUUGGACACUUCUUCCGUGAAAGAAUAGUGCCCCGUGCUGUACUCUAUUUCACUGGGGAAGCUAUAGAGGAUGACGAUAAUUUUGAAGAAGGAGAGGAAGGAGAAGAGGAGGAAUUGGAAGGUGAAGAAGAAGGAGAAGAGGAGGAAGAUGCAGAAAGUGAACCUAAGGUGUAAUUUAAGUCUGUUUAUCAUUCAUUCAUUUAUAGAAAGAUGCCAGCCAGCCUGCUGAAUGCAAACAACAAUAAGGAAAUACCACUUCAGAGUGAUAUUUGAACAACCUGUAACAAACAUUUGGAUACCUGGCCUGCAGUUCAGGAUAUUCCAUUGCUGCAGCACAAUCUUAUUAACAAUGCUUAAAACUAAAUUGUUUUCAAAUGCAUGAUUUUCACUAACUUUUUUCUUAUUUUUGCUUAACUUGUACAGUGGCAACUUAAUGCAUUUGAGAAAUGAGGUUUAAUUAAAGCACACUCUACAGCCUUUGGUACACUGUAGCUCAAUUGUCUCAAUAGGCUUUCUGAUUGAAAUUUUUAAAAUGCCCUUCUGAAAAAACUUGCCCUCAGUACAAAAUAAUUCUUGUCUAAAUAUUGUGGAAUAGUUGACAUAAAAUAUAUAUUAAAUUAAUGAAAUACUUAACAGUAAAAACAAAGCAAUAUGAUUUCUUCUCAAUCUUUUCCCCCAUUAAAAUAUGUUUUCAGCAGCUUUCCAGUCAAAAUAGUGCUACAGAGCAGCUUAAAACAUUGUCAUCUCCAGUAAAGUUAAUCUGAAUUUGAAGUAACAUUUCCUCUAUCUACUUGCAAGGAGGUGAUGGUGGUUGAGAGAUCUUAGUUGUUCACCUUAUUUAUUCCUGUUUGUAAGUACUUUGAUGAUCUAGUGCUUUUAAUAGUUUUAAAUAUACUUGAAAAAUAUUUUUCCUGUUUAUAAAAUAUGGGUACUUGUACAUGGAAAACUCAUACUCUACUCACAGAAUGAUUGUGUGUCGAACACUUCAAAACAACAAACUGGGAAAGAAAUAGGUCUCGUAAUCUGGUGAAAGUGGGUUCUGGCACUAAAAUGUAUCACGGAUCUAGUUUAGCCACAAGGCCUUGUUCAGAUGAUCCUCCAGAUCUAGAUUUGGAAAAGUGGAGAGCUGCAGGUUCAUGCACUCCUCCCUCCCCCUUUUGUGUGCAGCUUGACUUUUCAGCUUCCUGUUUAGGGGGAGACAUAGGUUUUGGUAGCUGAAUUUGACACGUUCCAGUUCAGAGGCCAGUGGCUUACUAACUGACAUCACUACAUGUCUGGUUUGACCUAAACAGGAAAGAGAAUGAUGAUACACUGCACUGAAAAAGCAUGGAAAGAUGGAACGGUUGGAAUAGUUUAUAGAAUUGUCUGAGCUGGGUCCAUGGGAGUAAUUUAAUUGGGGAAAUAUAAAUUAAAUCCUAAGUAAAUGUGUAGUUCUGAUACUUUAUUUGCAAUACUCAAAUCACUCAGUACCACAUUUCCAUGGUUUUUAAAGCGCCAAAACCCUUCAAAAGAUCUAUUCAGGAUUACAUUUAACAUUUCUUAACAUAAUAAAGCCAGUCUCUGGCAACAGUUCAUUAGCAACUGUGUGAAUGCUGUUACCAGGCAUGUAGAGAGUGCUCCAGCCUUACCUUAUACAUUUGUAACUUAAUACAGUGUUUUCAAUUUGUACAGAAUAGUUAGAAUAUUCUAUUAAAGUUGUGAAACAUGAAA